AUGCCCGACUUCAUGUCGAUCAAGUCGAUCGUCUCGAAGCUCAAGGCGGAACCUGCACCCAACUCGCGCUUCGGGCCUGGCAUCGGCCAUGCCGGCGGCAACGCCGUCGUCGUCGAGGGCGACGACCGCACCUUCCGCGUCAACCUCGGCCUGCGCGGCGCUCAGGUCUUUUUCGCCCUGGUCGCCAUGCUCAUCGCCGUCUACAUGGCCAUCUUCCAGAGCAAGUGGGUCGGCAGCCCGUCGGGCCUCACCGGACUCCUCCUCUUUGUCACGGCCGCCAGUCUCGUCGCCUCGCUCAUCUUUCUCGUCGUGCCCUUCAUCUACGAGCGUUCCGGGUUCAAGAAUCUAAAGGCGACCUACCGCGCGCUGCAGGAGGCCAGGGUGGGCAUCGUCACCAACGCCACCUUUACCGGCCUCAACCUCAUCCUCGCCCUCACCCAGACCAUCUCGGCCUACACCUCGGCCGGCUGCAAGGACGCCACAAAGGACCCGCACGCCCAGGGCGACAAGAAGGACGACUUCAUCAAGGAGAUCCCCGGCUGGUGCCGCACCAAGCGCGCCGAGGCCGCCUUUUGCUGGUUCCUCUGGAUCGCCUGGACGUUUAGCCUGCUCAUCUUCCUGCGCCAGUGGCGCAUCGAGCGCAAGCAGGGUCCCCGCAUCCCGCCCUUUACCCACCCGACCGACGACUCGGCGUUUGAGCCCAUCAACGACAUGGACGAGGACGACGAGUACACCGGCUACCCACAGCACGCUGCCGGCGCGCCGCCGCUCUCGUCCUACGACCGGAGGGGCAGCAACCCGCUGGCCAACAUCGAAGCCAAGUACGGCAUGAACUCGGCCGCUGCUGGCGCCGGCAGGACCUCUGCCGCCCCGCCGUACGCAGGAGGGUACAGCACGGGCGCUCCAGACCCGUUUGCCGACGGGUAUGCGGCGAGCCGGCCGUCGUACGACUACAACCAGUUUGCAGACCAGCAUCCGAGCGCGUACGGCGUCGUCGACCCCUACAGCGCCAUCCAGCAGCAGCUCCAGUCCUCGAGCCACGGUCACCCGCCACCCCCUAUGCCCGAUCUGGGUUUCCCGGGUGGAUACCGGUAG